GAAAUUAGCCCAUAUCUAAUUUGAAAACAAAAUAACAAAUAGUUGGGCAAAAUGGUUUGUGAUCGCUGCGAAGUUAAAUUAUCCAAAGUUGUAACACCGGAUCCAUGGAAAACAGGUUCGAUGAAAAGAAAGAUAAAUGAGAACAAGGCCUUGUCGACAGCGAGAGACAGACAAAAUCCAAUUUCUAAAAGUUUAGCACCCUGCAGGAUAUGUCGACAAAAAGUGCAUCAGAUUGGCUCCCAUUACUGUCAGGCAUGUGCGUACAAAAAAGCAAUCUGCGCCAUGUGUGGAAAGAAGCUUCUUGAUAUAAAGAAUUAUAAACAAAGUUCAACUUAAAAGGAUUAUGUUUUUUUACUUAAACAUAAAUAUUUAACAAAAAAUGUACAAUGUAAUUACACUUUAAAAUAAGUUAACUUAUGUAAAAAUAUGGUUUUCAGCUA